GCAAUCAGCUCUGAUGUGGGACUGCACUGGUGACAUGUUCUUCAUGACUGUCUAGGACACAUAUAUUAUGACAGUGUCCCUUUAAGAGCACGGUUGCCCACGUGACCUCCUCUCCUCCUGCCGAUCCCAGCAGCGCUACAGAGACGUUUCACUUUCUGUUUCUGGGCGUCAGCUGCUCGGUUCCUCCCGGUGUCAGCAGCAUGGAGGCGGACGACCCGGUGUCCCACCUGCGCAACAACCUGAACUGCAGCAUCUGCCUGGAGGUGUUCACCAAGCCGCUCUCCCUCCCGUGCGGGCACAGCUUCUGCCAGGAGUGCAUCCAUCAGCACUGGGACCGGGAGGUAGCCUCGUCCCCCAUGUACACCUGCCCCGACUGCCGCCUCGCCUUCCCCCAGCGGCCGGAGCCUCAGAGGAACGUCAGCCUCACUAAGGUGGUGGACGAUAUAAGGGCGCUGGAGAGGCGCAGUGCCCUGCUGCCCCCCGUGCAGACUGACAGCGGCGCCCGCGGUGCCGUCCCAGCGCGAUGCCAGCGCCACCUGCUGGACGUUACCAUGUACUGCUCCUCGGACAGCCGCUGCAUCUGCCACAAGUGUAUGCUGACAACCUGCAGACUACAUGAGGUGCAGGACCUGGAGGAGAGGUGUCAGCAGGAGAAGGCGAAACUUGCGAAUGACUUGCUGGCCAGUGAGCGUCAGCAGAAGCACACGGAAGAGGAGCUCCUCAAAUGGAAGUGUAAGAUGGAGAACAUCGAGGAUUUUCAUGAAAAGACGAUGUCUGGAAUAAGGAAGAAAUUUGAUCAAGUGCGUAAGACAUUGGAUGAAAGUCAGGUCCUUGUUGAAGAGUCUGUUAUCUGUGAAAAGAGCGCGGCGCUGGCACGAGCAGCUGAACAUGUAGGGCAUCUAGAGCGCCAUCUGCAGGACCUAGAGAAACAUCACAUGGAGGCAGAAGUGCUGCUAAGGAAUUACGGGGUUGCAUUUCUUGAGGGUCUUCCUCAACUUAUGCCCGUCGGGGCCACUCCAAGAUCCCCAAACGUUGAGCUCAGUGGAAACCUGCAGAUGGAGGUCGUGACUAGGAUCCUACCUGAAGUCACCAGGCUGCUCCAGAUGGAACUACCUCCGUUGUUACACCCAGAGAAACCAGUAGAUAAAGGUAGAGAGACCUCAGGAUCUCCAUCUGGCAUUGCUGUAAAUGACGCCUGUUGUGUAGAAGGGACCUCACCGGCAACUCCACGCAGAGAACCUGCAAGAAUCAGUGCCCUCAGAGCACAACUCUGUAAAGAUUAUCGGAACCUGCAGUUUGACCCUGAGACCGCCAACAAGCAUCUGGAGAUAUCCCAUGGGAACUGUAAAGCCACUCAUCACAGAUCACAGAGGAAUGGUGUGCCCGACUCCCCGGAGAGAUUUCAGAAAUGGCAGGUGAUGUGCACUGAAGGUUUUUCUGAGGGAAGUCACUACUGGGAGGUCAUUAUAUCCACCCUCUUCGUGGAUAUAGGAGUAGCAUUGGGCUCCUUGAAACGUACCAACGAACAGGAAAGUAUCAUCGGAAAGAACAGUUCUUCGUGGAGCCUGCAGCUGCGCAGCAUGCACCACUCCGCCUGGCACAACGGCCAGGAGACGAAGCUUCAGCCAACUAACUUUACACAGAUUGGCAUUUAUCUUGAUGUAACGGGCGGCACACUCGCUUUCUACGGCGUUAAGGAUGGUAGCAUGCGCCUCCUGCAUUCUUACCCCUGCCACUUCUCUGAGACGGUGUUCCCAGUGUUUUGGAUUGGAGAAGAUGCACAUGUCACCAUCUGCACUAGACCGAACACCGCGAUGGAGGCCGAGACAGAAGAUCAGAAUAUCCCAAUCUCAUGAUCCAUCCAUUUAUUGCCCUGCAGUGUUAGUAUUGUGGAAUUAAAGGGGUUGUCUCAUGGAGGGGGGUCCUGAGCUGAGGACCACUAACAAAACCCGUCCAGGCAUUAUAGGGUUGGCUGUUUAUUGAAUCGCCAUCAUGUAGGGCUGCAGUAAACGAUUAUUUUAGUAAUCGAGUAUUCUACCAAUUAUUUUUUACAAUUAAUCGAGUAAUCUAAUAAGAAAAAAUGAAUUAAUAGACUGUGUU